AGAAUUACAUCCUUUUCUUACAUCAUUUUAUGCCUUAACAGGAAAGCAAUCUCAUCUGUGAUGCUGAGGCUACCCUACAACCACACAGUGGAAACCUCUGCCACCUUCUUCCUUGUGGGUAUCCCAGGUUUGCAGUCUCCACAUCUUUGGCUGGCUAUCUCACUGAGUGCCAUGUAUACCAUAGCCCUGUUAGGAAACAUCGUCAUAGUGAUUGUAAUCUUGAUGGAUUCCACUCUACAAGAGCCCAUGUACUGCUUCCUGUGUGUUCUGGCUGCCAUGGACAUUGUUAUGGCAUCCUCUGUAGGGCCCAAGAUGGUGAAUAUCUUUUCCUCAGGAGGCAGCUCCAUCAGCUUUAAUGCUUGUUUCACUCAGAUGUAUUUUGUCCACGUAGCCACAGCUAUGGAGACAGGGCUCCUGCUGGUCAUGGCUUUUGAUCGCUAUGUAGCCAUUUGUAAGCCCCUCCACUACAAGAGGAUUCUCACACCUCAAGUAAUGCUGGGAAUGAGUGUGACCAUCAUGAUCAGAGCUGUCAUAUUCAUGACUCCAUUAAGUUGGAUGGUGAGCCAUCUACCUUUCUGUGGCUCCAACAUAGUUCUCCAUUCCUAUUGUGAGCACAUAGCUGUGGCCAAGUUGGCAUGCGCAGACCCCACGCCCAGUAGUCUCUACAGUUUGAUUGGUUCUUCCAUUAUUGUGGGCUCUGAUGUGGCCUUCAUUGCUACGUCUUAUUAUCUGAUUCUCCGGGCAGUCUUUGGUCUCUCCUCUAAGAAUGCUCAGUUAAAAGCAUUAAGCACAUGUUGCUCCCACGUGGGGGUUAUGGCUCUCUACUACCUACCUGGGAUGGCAUCCAUCUAUGUGGCCUGGCUAGGGCAGGACAUAGUGCCUUUGCACACCCAAGUGCUUCUAGCUGACUUAUACCUGCUCAUCCCACCUGCUUUAAACCCCAUUAUCUAUGGUCUGAGGACCAAACAGAUACGGAAGCGAAUAUGGAGCUUGCUGAUGCACUCUGUGACCAGCCUACUUUAA